AGCAUAACACGCUAAACUUAUUAUACACCAAAUACCCAAUCAAAUCGUACUCACAAACCCUAGCUUCAUCGAUCCCCUUCCCCUCCUGCCCUGCAACCAACCAAGCGAACCAAGUCCACCACCCAAACCCCCAUACCAUGAAUCGCGACGAAUUCGGCGAGAAGAAGAAGCCGGUCUUCCUCAGCAAAGCAGAGCGAGAACAACUCGCCCUCAAACGUCGCCAAGAAGAAUUCGAACAACAAAAGCGCCGAUCCGAACAAUCAAACCCUAACCCCUCAUCCUCCAACCCCCCACCCUCCGCCGACGACUCCUCCCGCCACCACCGCUCCGACCGUGACCGCCGUGAUAGAGACAGAGAACGUGACAGAGAACGAGAAUCUGAACGACGAAAUCGCGACAGAGAACGCGAAGAAGAGCACAAAGCCAGAGAAAAAGCGAGAUUAGAGAAGCUUGCAGAGCGAGAACGUGAAAAGGAACUCGAAGCGAUUAAAGAGCAGUAUUUAGGAUCGAAGAAGCCGAAGAAACGAGUGAUUAAACCCAGCGAGAAGUUCCGGUUUUCGUUCGAUUGGGAGAACACGGAGGACACGUCGAGAGAUAUGAAUAUUCUGUACCAGAACCCGCACGAGGCGAGGCUGUUAUUCGGGAGAGGUUUUCGGGCUGGUAUGGAUCGUAGGGAGCAGAAGAAGCUGGCUGCAAAGAAUGAGAAGGAGUUGAGGGAUGAAAUUAGGAAGAAGGAUGGGAUCGAGGAGCGCCCAGAGGAGGCUGCAGCGCAGCGGUUGAAGGAUGAGGCGGCCGAAAUGUACGAUACCUUUGAUAUGAGAGUUGAUCGGCAUUGGUCGGAGAAGAAACUUGAAGAAAUGACUGAGAGAGAUUGGAGGAUAUUUCGAGAGGAUUUUAAUAUAUCGUAUAAGGGUUCGAGAAUUCCCAGGCCGAUGAGGAGUUGGGUCGAGAGUAAAUUGAGCUCGGAACUUUUGAAAGCGGUGGAUAGAGCGGGCUACAAGACGCCAUCACCGAUUCAAAUGGCUGCGAUCCCGCUUGGUCUCCAACAGCGAGAUGUGAUUGGUGUUGCGGAAACGGGGUCAGGUAAAACUGCUGCUUUUGUACUUCCUAUGUUGACUUACAUAACUAGACUUCCUCCAAUUAGCGAGGAAAAUGAGGCGGAGGGGCCUUAUGCGGUUGUUAUGGCGCCUACUAGAGAACUUGCACAGCAGAUUGAGGAAGAAACGGUUAAGUUUGCGCAUUAUUUGGGUAUCAAAGUUGUUUCUAUUGUUGGUGGGCAGUCGAUUGAAGAACAGGGGUUUAAGAUUAGACAAGGGUGUGAGGUUGUUAUUGCGACGCCUGGACGUCUGAUUGAUUGUUUAGAAAGACGUUAUGCGGUCUUAAACCAGUGUAACUAUGUUGUUCUUGAUGAAGCGGAUCGUAUGAUUGAUAUGGGUUUUGAACCACAAGUUGUGGGUGUUCUUGAUGCGAUGCCGUCGAGCAACUUUAAACCCGAAAAUGAAGAUGAGGAGCUUGACGAGAAGAGGAUAUAUAGAACGACUUAUAUGUUUAGUGCAACUAUGCCUCCAGCUGUUGAGAGGCUAGCUAGAAAGUACUUGAGAAACCCUGUUGUUGUGACUAUCGGAACUGCGGGAAAAGCGACUGAUCUCAUUACACAACACGUUAUCAUGGUUAAAGAAUCUGAAAAAAUGCCUAGGUUACAGAAGCUGUUGGAUGAUCUGGUAGACAAGACUGCAAUUGUGUUCAUAAACACUAAAAAGUCUGCUGAUUUUGUGUCGAAAACGUUGGAAAAAGCAGGUUACCGGGUGACAACUUUACACGGUGGCAAGUCACAGGAACAGAGAGAAAUCAGUCUUGAAGGUUUCAGGACGAAAAGGUUUAAUGUUUUGGUUGCUACUGAUGUUGCGGGGCGUGGGAUUGAUAUACCAGAUGUGGCUCAUGUUAUAAACUAUGAUAUGCCUGGAAAUAUUGAAAUGUAUACGCAUCGUAUAGGGCGUACAGGGCGUGCAGGGAAGACAGGUACCGCUACUACGUUCUUGACUUUACAUGAUACUGAUGUUUUCUAUGAUCUUAAGCAGAUGCUUACACAGAGCAAUAGUCCGAUUCCACCUGAACUUGCGAGGCAUGAGGCUUCUAAGUUCAAACCUGGUUCGAUUCCUGAUAGACCACCGAGACGAAAUGAUACAGUUUUUGCGCAUUGAUUAUGAUGUGUAAGAUGUUGCAUUGCAUUGCCUUGGGGUUUAAAUGCUGGGUUCAGUUACUGUAGCAGGAUUCGAGUCUUUCACAGAUUUUACAAACUCUAGGUUGGUAUCUGUUCUUUAUCGUUGAUGAAUUUUGCGUACAUUGUUAAUUCAGUUUGGUUCGUCGUUUUGUGGAUGAAAUACAGUAGCUCAAUUCUUAUUUCACCCUGAUUAUUAAUUAGUAUGUUGCUUUAUUGAAGUGUUUUUCGUA